UUUAAUAAAUAAAUAUGUCGAGGUUGGUCGAGCCACUGUCUGUAGGGAGAGUAAUAGGAGAAGUUGUAGACAGUUUCACACCUUGUGUUAAGUUGAACAUAACCUACAGUUAUGGCAACAAGCAAGUCUCUAAUGGCCACGAGCUCAUGCCAGCUGUCCUUACCUCCAAACCCCGUGUCGAGAUUGGCGGCGAAGACUUACGUGCUGCUUAUACUCUUGUUAUGACUGAUCCAGAUGUUCCAGGCCCUAGUGAUCCAUACUUAAGGGAGCAUCUACACUGGAUAGUUACAGAUAUUCCAGGUACCACUGAUGCAUCUUUCGGGAGAGAGAUUGUGAGCUACGAAACACCGAAACCGGUGAUCGGAAUCCACCGCUACGUGUUCGUUUUAUUCAAGCAGAGAGGAAGGCAUACCGUGAAUCCACCUUCCUCAAGAAACCAUUUCAAUACUCGCACUUUUGCUGAAGACAACGGGUUAGGGCCACCCGUCGCCGCGGUCUACUUCAACGCACAACGUGAAACCGCCUGUCGAAGAAGAUAACCUAAAAAAUGAAAAUAAAGAAAUUACAAUAUAUUAAUCAUGGAUUAAUAAUUUAAUUAUAGUUCUGUCUGUUCUCUGAACAGUACAGUUCUACUAGGUUUUGGGGGAAACUGCAGUGGUCCCCCCACAACCUUUUUCUUUUUUUGUUUUGUUUAAGGUUCUGUUUUUUGUAUUAUGAGUUAAGUGUGUUUUAAUCUGCUUGUUGUGUGUACUGGGAAUUUGUCUUGUGGUCCCCCCCUGAUAAUCCUGUCUUAUAAUAAUGAUAGUGACUCUAAUUACUGUCAGUUUAACCUUAAUCAAAUGUCUUAUAAUUAAUCAAAUCACUUUCAUGAAGAAAUGAAAAAAAUACAGAUUUUUUUACAAGCUCCUUCACAUAUAUAUCUAAAA